UUACACUUGGCUGCAAUGCUCUUGUUAGCGAUAGGGUGCAUACUGCCGUCCGGUUGGCGAGGCGCGUCGGUUUGUUGUUAUUUCACCCCGUUCGCCCCAGCCUGCUUCAAAUCCAAGAUGGCUGCGGGUGACAACAGCGGUCGCGCUCCUUGUCUGAACUUCUCCAGUCCCGGGCCCCUGGGCAAUGUUCAGCCCAGCAACAGUCCUUACGCCAUGGCUGCCAGCAACAACGGCGGGUCCAAUGGGCCGGUCGGCGGGCCUCAGGGGGUGAACAGACGAUCUAACCCACAACCGGGGCCUAACGGUGUUGAAGGCAGCGGUGUCGCAGCCGGAAAUCCGCCGAAUAUGCAGAACUCUCUCCCGCUGCCUGCAGCACAGAGUGCCGCCAUCUCCGGGCAGGGUGGCGGUGCGAUGGCCGGUGCUGCCACGAACAUGACGGGAGCAGCGUCAAAUGCUGCUCUGGCGCCUCCAGCACCCCCAUCACAAUCCGCGGCGCUGUCGGCACCACCGGCGGCAGCUGCUGUUUUAGUCUACCGUGAGCCUGUGUACAACUGGCAGGCUACAAAAAGCACAGUGAAAGAGAGGUUUGCGUUCUUGUUCAACAACGAAGUGUUGAGCGACGUUCAUUUUCUGGUGGGCAAAGGAAUGGGAGUUCAGCGAAUUCCUGCACAUAGAUUUGUGUUGGCAGUGGGCAGCGCCGUAUUCGAUGCCAUGUUCAACGGGGGCAUGGCCACCACAUCCACAGAGAUCGAGCUUCCUGACGUGGAGCCUGCGGCCUUCCUAGCGCUGCUGAAGUUCCUGUACUCGGAUGAGGUGCAGAUCGGCCCUGAGACGGUGAUGACGACGCUCUACACGGCCAAGAAGUACGCCGUGCCCGCUCUGGAGGCACACUGCGUCGAGUUCCUCAAGAAGAACCUCCGCGCCGACAACGCCUUCAUGCUCCUCACACAGGCGCGUCUGUUUGACGAGCCACAGCUGGCGAGUCUGUGUCUGGAGAACAUUGACAAGAACACUGGAGAUGCUCUAGCUGCUGAGGGCUUCACCGACAUCGACCUGGAUACGCUGGUGGCGGUGCUGGAGAGGGACACUCUGGGCGUGCGCGAGGUGCGUCUGUUCAGCGCGGCGGUGCGGUGGGCCGAGGCCGAAGCUCAUCGCCAGCAGCUGCAGCCCACGCCCGAGAACAAGCGCCGCGUGCUGGGCAAAGCCCUCACACUCAUCCGCUUCCCCCUCAUGACCAUAGAGGAGUUUGCAGCAGGCCCAGCCCAGUCGGGGAUCCUGAUGGACCGUGAGGUGGUGAGUCUGUUCCUGCACUUCACGGUGAACCCCAAGCCUCGGGUGGAGUUCAUCGACCGACCCCGCUGCUGCCUCAGGGGUAAAGAGUGCAGCAUCACACGCUUCUCCCAGGUGGAGAGUAGAUGGGGCUACAGCGGCACCAGCGACCGCAUCAGGUUCUCGGUGAACAGGAGGAUAUUUGUGGUUGGCUUUGGGCUCUAUGGCUCCAUCCACGGCCCCACAGACUACCAGGUCAACAUCCAGAUCAUCCACACGGACAGUAACACGGUUCUGGGUCAGAACGACACUGGCUUCAGCUGUGACGGGUCGGCCAACACCUUCAGGGUCAUGUUCAAGGAGCCGGUGGAGAUCCUGCCCAACGUCAACUACACAGCCUGUGCCACACUCAAGGGCCCAGACUCUCACUACGGCACUAAAGGGUCGCGAAAGGUCACCCACGAGUCAUCUGCCACCGGUGCCAAGACCUGCUUCACCUUCGGCUACGCCGCCGGCAAUAAUAACGGCACCUCAGUGGAGGACGGACAGAUCCCCGAGGUCAUCUUCUACACGUAGUGACCUUUGACCUUAGAGAAGCCAUCACCCCCCCCCCUGGGGUCAGAGAGGUCACUGUGUGGCGAGGAGGCCAUGACACUCGUACUGCUCAGUUUGUUUGUUUGUUUGUUUUUGGUUUCUGCACUUGGGGAACUUUGAUUACCACCAGCCCUCACAGCACAGAAGAGGAUUAUAUUUACCUGAGAAAUGGUGUGUGUGUAUGUGCGCGCGCGUGUGUGUGUGUGUGCGCGCGUGUUUAUGUUUGUGUGUGUGUGUGCGUGCGCGUGCGUGUGUGUGCGUCUCUCUCUUUCUUUCUUUCUGUCUGUCUUUGGUUCUCUGAUUGUUGGCACAGAUUGGUGUAAUGUUACUGGUAUUUCUGCGGUGUGGUCUCCACCUUGGAACAAUAACCGAACUGCAGGGGAAUUCUGAUUCCAUACUAAAUGAGUGGAAAAAGCAACAGAAGGAUAAAUGUCAUUUGGAACGAAUGAACCCUCUGUUUGACAUAUGAAUGAAUUUUUAUUUUGAUUGAGUGAGUGAUGUUUUUCCAAACUUUUUUAAUGAAUGAAAGAAGAAUAGAUGAAAGAGAGAAUCAUGAUUCUGAUGAAAUAAGAAUGAGAGAGAACACAAAUGAAUCUCCAUGUUCCAAGGAGUAGAGCACUAACAGGGUGAGUUCUGGAAUGUCAGAGAUCCGAUCUGGAAUGUUCUGAUCUGGAAUCCAGAGUGGACACACAGAACUCCUAAAGGAUGGACAAUCACAGAUGAUUGACUGACAGACAGACCAACCUUUUGGGUGCUUUGGGGAUUGCUGGUUUUGAAUAUAGCAGCCACCACAGACAACAGAGCGAUAGCCUCAAUCUCAGCCCCUCAUUGGCUCAAACAGAUGUCUGUCUCAAUCUCAGCCCCUCAUUGGCUCAAACAGAUGUCUGUCUCAAUCUCAGCCCCUCAUUGGCUCAAAUGGGAGAUCUUUCCCUUGCUUGCCCCGUCGGCUUGACCUUUCACCUUCUGUGAGACUUAGUGCCAAGUGCCAAUACCUCUAUUCGUGGAGUGCGCCUUCUGGAACCCUCUCCCUUGCCUACAGGGAAUACGCUGACCUGCAGUGCAUCCACCACCUAAGAGUGUGGAAGUACACUGAGAUAUGGAUAGCGUUGUUCCCGCUAACAUACACAAUUUAUAUCCCUGAUGAACCUAUUCAAGGACAGGCAAAUGCAUUUUCACACACACACACACACACACACACACACACACACACACACACACACACACACACACACAGACAGAGGAUGACAUGGUGCUCCUUUCUAAGUACCAGCCAUUCGGUCUCUCAUCAGACACACAGCACAAGUCCAAAGGGACUGGUCCUUUCAGACCUCCUGAUGCUCAGCAGGCUGGAUUGGCUCAGCUGGUGCCAGUUCAGUGUCAGUGUGGCUCUGGUUCUGGUUCUGGCUGGUCUGGGACGGGUCUUCAUCUGGGGAUGUGAAGCCAGCGUUGGGACUUGGACGUCCUCCUGGGUGGACAGACUUUGUGACGUGUGUACAUUAUUGUCCAGUGAUCCAUUAACAUGCCUUGGUGCACAGGGUGAGGGGUUUAACAAGCAGUUCUAUUGAAGAGAAGUACUUUAAGUAGAGCAGGGGGAGAAUUGCAAUAUCACUAACAGGGCCGUUACCAUGGCAUCAUUGUGUGGUGACUAUUAUGGGCUUGGAUCAGGGCACUUGUAGGCCAUAUGUGUGUAAGGGUUUGGGGUUGGUCAUCUGUAAAGAGAUGCCCAUAUAUGUGUGUAAGGGUUUGGGGUUGGUCAUCUGUAAAGAGAUGCUUGUUCCUCCUGAACAAGCAGGCACUCCGUGGGCUCUUUGGUCAGGCUGGACGUGCAUCUGAUUCGGACAUAGAACUGAUGCUGCCCAUGAUUCCCUGCUUGAUUGGAUUGGACCACGGAAAGAUGACUCUAAUGUUCAUCAGAUGAAAAACAAAUAAAAGCAAUAACAUGAAAAGUGAAAUCUGUAAUUGAAAUAAAAGCCUUUCCGACA